GUAUGAUAACAAGCGUUUAGACGAUUUGUACACGCAAACAAAUUUUACAUAUCCAACUCUUCCAAAUUUGCUAAAUUCUAGAAGCUAUGGCUGAAAAAGAAGCUGUUGACCAAUUGUUUGAAAUAAGGACAAAUUUCUAUAUCGGAAAUUACCAACAAUGUAUCAAUGAAGCACAGAGAAUUAAGCCCUCAAAUCCAGAUGUGCGCACAGAAAAGGAUGUUUUACUGUAUAGGGCAUAUAUAGCUCAGAAGAAAUAUGGUGUAGUUCUUGAUGAGAUCAGACCAUCCCAGUCUGAUGAACUACAGGCUGUUAGAACACUUGCAGAAUAUAUGGCUAGUGACAGCCAAAGGGAUAAAAUUGUACGAGAUCUGGACAGUAAAAUGAGUUCUAGUGUAUCUAUGUCAAACAACAUAUUUAUGCUUAUGGCAGCAUCCAUUUAUUUCCAAGAUCAGAAUUAUGAUGCUGCUUUGAGGAUUCUUCACUCGUCAGAAUCCCUUGAAUGCAUGGCAUUGACAGUACAGAUUUUAUUGAAACUUGACAGAGUUGAUCUUGCAAAGAAAGAAUUGAAGCGUAUGCAGGACACGGAUGAAGACAGUAUUCUGACACAGCUUGCUACCGCCUGGUUCAAUCUUGCUGUCGGUGGUGAGAAAUUUCAAGAUGCAUACUACAUAUUCCAAGAGAUGGCGGACAAGUUUGCUGGCACUCCACUAUUGUUGAAUGGUCAAGCUGCAAGUUACAUGGGACAGGGGCGAUUUGAUGAUGCCGAGUCCUGUCUACAGGAAGCUCUUGAUAAAGACAGCAACAACCCUGAAACUCUGAUCAACCUCAUAGUACUGUCACAGCAUCUAGGAAAAGCCCCUGAAGUGAGUAACAGAUACAUUUCCCAACUGAAAGAUUCUCACAGAGGACACCCAUUUGUCAAAGACUAUAUACAGAAAGAAAAUGAUUUUGACAGAGUUUGUAAAAAUUACAGUGCAUCUGUGUCAGCAUAGAGGAUAAUAUUAAUUUAUUUAAAUGAUCAAGACAACAUGGAAGCACUAUGUGUACAGACAUUCAUAUAAGGAGCCAUUGGACCAGCUGACAUUUAUUUAUUACAUGCUUUCAUAUUGGCUUCUCAAUUUACUUUUACAAUGUAUGUGAUAGUUAUUGACCGAAAAAAUACAAAAUAUAACAUUUUGAGACAUUGGCUGGUCUUAAAUUUAGUAACACUUUUUUGUUGUGAAAAUUUAUGCUAAGUACCCUAAUAUUUAGCAUGGGAAAAAAACCAGUUUUUGGAAAAUACUGUCAUUUCUAACGAAGUAAAAUAAUUGUGACUAUUGUGGAAACUGUUUUAUACCGACAACCUGGACAAAUACAUAAAUACAUUACUCUGUUGCAGAUUCAGAAGGAUUUACCAUUUUAUAUUCACAUUAUGUAUUUUCUUACAUACAUAAUCUCUAUGUAAAAACUUGAUCAGAGCUAAAAAUGUCUUCAGGGCAGAAAUGAAGUGUUAUCAAGAUGUAUAAAUGAACAUAAAUGUUGCAACCACUUCAUUUCCCCUUUUUGCAGUUAGUGGAAGACUCCAUCAUAUUACGGUAAUUAACAGUGUCUGUUGUUUUGUACAGGAUAGACUGUGUGCAACACAAUCUGUUAUAUAUCAAUUGUUUAGGAUCUGAAAGUUCUAAA